UAUCACUCAACGAAGCUGAAUGCGGGAUACGGUGGAUGUUGAUUAUCUCUACCAUACAAAGGGGCCAUCGGUCUGUCCAGUCAGUGCAGCGGCCCCUGUAGUGCAAUACCCGCAUGCGCAGAGCCAUCAGGCUGUUUGGGUAUCCUAUAGAUCUUAAGCGAUGUGUUUCAGCAGCCAGCACGGACCUCAUACAUGAUUUCUUUGGGAUAGAUUUCCGCUUGCCUUUGCAUUUUUGCCAAAUUUGGGGUGGAUGUCUAAUUGUCCUUAUAGCAGUGUUGGGGAUCAGCGGCUAUAACGGCAGAAUACGGUAAUUUAAAGGCGUUGUCCAUCACAUUGCACCGGAUGUCAGUACACGCAACUAAAUCUCGAGAAGCAUAAGCAGGACCAAAUCCAGACGGCAGGCAUGGAAGCUGUCACCCACUUUAUGAAUGACACGGUAGAGUUCUACAGAUGGAGCCUUACUAUAGCAGACAAGCGAGUGGAGAAAUGGCCGAUGAUGUCAUCGCCCGCCCCCACCCUGGCCAUCAGCUGCCUGUACUUGCUCUUCCUGUGGGCGGGGCCUAAGUACAUGCAGAAUCGCGAGCCUUUCCAGCUAAGGAAGACCCUCAUAGUGUACAACUUCAGUAUGGUGAUACUCAACUUUUACAUCGCCAAAGAGCUCCUCCUGGGUGCAAGAGCAGCGGGGUACAGCUACCUAUGUCAACCUGUCAGCUACUCCAACGACGUCAACGAAGUCAGGAUAGCAUCUGCUCUGUGGUGGUACUACAUCUCUAAGGGAGUGGAGUAUCUGGACACGGUGUUCUUCAUCCUGAGGAGGAAGUUUAACCAGGUCAGCUUCCUCCAUGUCUACCAUCACUGCACCAUGUUCAUCCUCUGGUGGAUCGGAAUCAAGUGGGUCCCUGGAGGACAGUCGUUCUUCGGAGCAGGCAUAAACUCAUCCAUCCAUGUCCUGAUGUAUGGAUACUAUGGCCUGGCAGCUUUCGGACCCAAGAUCCAGAAAUUCCUCUGGUGGAAGAAAUACCUGACCAUCAUUCAGAUGAUCCAGUUCCAUGUGACCAUCGGCCAUGCAGGCUACUCCCUCUACACUGGCUGCCCUUUCCCCGCUUGGAUGCAGUGGGCCCUUAUUGGCUACGCCGUCACCUUCAUCAUCCUAUUCGGCAACUUCUACUACCAGACCUACCGGCGCACCCCACACUCCGCCCCCAAGGCGGCCAAAUCCGUCACCAACGGCAUUUCCACAGCAACCAACGGCUACAACAAGUUAGAGGAGGUAGAGGAGAACGGGAAGAAGCAGCAGAAAAAGGGAAGAGUGAAGAGGGAGUGAGGAGGAAGAGGAGAGGACGGAGGGAGCUUCUGUCAGACCAAUAGGAGGACCGUGGGGUGAAAGGGCAG